AUGAAUGCUACAAGUUAUAUGGCGAACUGGGCUGGAAAACUAGAACCGUUGAUUCAGACCCUUGCUGAGUACUACGUGCCUAGACGGCUGUUAAGUGAUUUGAACCUAAUGGUUAAUCUGAGAUCGGGUGGAACGCCUGAUUUAACGAAGGACUACGUGACGACGCGUAGAAGAAGUCCUCAAACACCGGAGGCACAACAAGAAGGACUGGACGCAGGUCUACCAACACCUGCAACCAACAGAAAGGUGAUUGCCCCAGGGGCUUUUGAACCUGACGAGACAAUCGAAGAAGAAUCGAACAAGUCGAAUAUCGAAUACGAAGACCCAAUUGACAACAAUGAGAUGUCGGAUAACGCGGGUGGCUCUAGUAGCCGUGAUGAUGUGAGUGAGGAAACUCGCAUGAGAUUGGAGAUCGCGAGACUCCAGCAUGAAGUCCAACAGAUGAAAGCAAGUAGAGGUGAACCCUCUGCUAGUGAUGAGAACAUUAAUGCAGAUUUAGCAAACUAUCUGCAGAGAAAAGGCAGAACGUCUGCUAUUGUGAAGAUUCUUAAUGAAUUCCGUGACCAAGUGAGAUUCAUAAGGGAGCCAGUUAUCCUCACUGGUUUUGUGAAUUAUUCAGUGUGGAGGGAAGAGAUCCUCCUCGCAGCGAGGCAAUCUCAUACAAUUGAUAUCAUAGAUGAGAGACAACUUGGACCCAAAGAGGAUGCCAGUGCUGAUAUGCAACGGUUUUGGAAAGAAUGCAAUAUGUGGCUGUAUAACUACAUGUGGUUUGCAAUCACUCUGCAAGCAAGAUCUUAUCUUGUUACACCCAAGGAACUAUCUGCCUAUGCUCUGUGGACAGCUAUAGAAGAUAUCUUUGCUGGGCGGCCUGCCAGCAAUGCCAACACUGCCAGCAAUGCCAACGAUGCCAACGAUGAUGUUGGUGAUGAUAUCAGCGAUACCAGUGAUGAUAGCGGCUACAGCAGUGUGGAUAUUGAUAUGGAUUCCAAGAUGGAAUGUUUGGAUGGAUCAAUGGAGGACAAUCCUACAAGUGAUAACAAUCCUACAAGCGAUAACAAUCCUACAAGCGAUGACGAUCCUACAAGUGAUGAUGAUCCCACAGGCGAUGAUGAUCUUGAUACUGAUAGCGACCGUGAUGUGGUUUGGGGGGGCGAUGGGCACCCUAUAUCUAUCAAUAUGAUUGUGCGAAGAGUGAUCUAUGGGAAAGGAUGGGUGGUAGAUGGGGCAGUCCCUACCACAAAGAACAUGGAUAUGCCCGUGGAGGGUGAAUUUUCAAAUACAACUUGGCCUGGUUUGAUGAUAAGUCAUAUGGAACGACCUUGUUGGAAGGAAAAGAAUGGUAUCAGUGCAAAGGGGGCCCCCGGGCGGCAGUGCAUUGGCGGCGCCGUAGCACGGGGGGGUGUUAGGGGGUACUACGGCUAG